ACAUUGGUACAAAGGCAGUGACGUGGAGACGUACUUGCAAAUCAGUCUGAGCGAUUUGCGCCGCUGCUGUCCCAUCCUCUAUCGCCGUUAUACUGUGAGCACGCCGAUUGAUAAAGUCUCUCCAACAGACUUUGGUCGUGAGCCUCACCUCGCCAUUCGAAGGCCGUUGCACCUGCAACUCCGCGUUUAUCGACCACUUUAAAAACGAUACACCCAAGCUUUGUCACACUGCCUCUAAAUAUGGCUGCCGUUUCCCCUGCUGCCGCUAGGGCCGAGCCAGGCCAAUGGAAGAAGAACCUUUCGGCCCACGUCAUUUGCCCCGAGUGCAAAGAAGUGCCCCCUAAUCUGGAGUUUCCUGGUUCCCAUGAAACUGUUUGCGGCUCAUGUGGCCUGGUCCUCGCUGAUCGGGAAAUCGACAUGCACUCUGAAUGGCGUACAUUCUCCAACGACGAUCAGAACAACGAUGACCCUUCUCGUGUUGGAGAUGCUAUGAACCCGCUUCUCAACGGUGAUCAGCUGGAGACCCAGAUUGCUAGUGGUGGGUCGGGCCGCGUUCGCGACCUUUACCGGGCUCAGAACAAGCAGUCAAGUGAAAAGGCAAACAAAGCUCUUCUGGCAGCCUACAAGGAGAUCGGUGCUCUCUGCGAUGGUUUCAACAUCCAGAAGAACGUGGCAGACACAGCGAAAUACCUCUUUAAGAUUGUGGACGAUGCCAAGGCAUUCAAGGGAAAGUCUCAGGAUGUGAUCAUUGCAGGCUGUAUUUUUAUCGCCUGUCGCCAGUGCAAGGUGCCACGUACCUUCACUGAGAUCUUCGCGGUGACCAAGGUUACGAGGAAAGAAAUUGGGCGUAUUUACAAGGCUUUGGAGAAGUUCUUCACUGCGCAGAACCUCGAGCGGAUCAACGCUGUGGUCUCAAGCGGAGGUGUCCCUGACCCCAACGACACAUACACCGCCACCACUUCCACCAAGCCUAGUGACCUUUGCAACCGUUUCUGUAACCUGUUGGAUCUGCCCUUCCAGGUUACUAGCGUCUCCUCUGCUCUAUCCGAUCGCGUGACAACGAUGGGAGAUUUGGCUGGACGUUCUCCCCUGUCCAUUGUGGCAGCCUGCAUAUACAUGGCUUCGUACCUGAUGGGACAUGGCAAGAGCGCCAAGGAGAUAUCCCAGGUGGCCCAUGUCAGCGAUGGUACGAUCCGCGGUGCUUACAAGCAGCUAUAUGCUGAAAGAGAGCGCCUAAUCGAUCCCGAGUGGAUCAAAGAUGGAAAGGGUGACUUGAAGAACCUGCCUAAUAGUUAAAUGGGCUAGACCUUGCCCUUUUCAAGCAGUUUGACUACUCGACAUUUUGCCG